GCUUUCCUUGCUACUAAGAGCCAGCCUUCUGUGGAAACCCGCAGGGGAUCCUGCAUGCCCAGCUCACUGAAUAAUCUUGCUGUGCCCGGGUGCCAAGCCCUCCCCGACCACAUCUGUUUUGUCUCCUGCUAGGCUGAGUCACAUAGAAUAGAUAGAUAGUUUAUCAGCACAUGUCCUCCAGAUCAUAUUAUCCGCUUACAAAUAUAGCCUGUUAGCGCACAGGCACGGUAGCCCUUCCGCUGGGGGGUGUUGCUCUGCGAGUGUAAACAGCAUUGAAAACGGAUUACAGCGUGGUGGCCACGACCGGGGACUGUCAGCGCCUACUCGCACGAGGAAGGUAACUUUAUGCUGCUCCCCAAAUGGGACACAAAGUGGUUGUGUUUGAUAUCUCUGUUGUCAGAGCCUUAUGGGAAACCCGCGUCAAGAAGCACAAAGCAUGGCAGAAGAAGGAGGCGGAAAGGCUGGAGAAGAGCGCCCUGGAGAAGAUAAAGGAGGAGUGGAAUUUUGUAGCGGAGUGCAGGAGGAAGGGCGUGCCCCAGGCCGAGUACUGCAAGAACGGUUUCGUGGACACCAGCACAAGGCUCCUGGAAAAGAUAGAGAGGAACUCAGUCGCCAGGCAGAGUGCACGAGUCAAGGACAGAGACAAACGGAGCAGUCCAUUUGUGUUUGAACUUUCAGGGACGCAGUGGAAGGAGCUGCCUGAUUCACUGAAGGAACAGACACACCUCAAAGAAUGGCACAUUUACAGCACCCUCAUUCAGAUCAUUCCAAAGUACAUCGAGCUGUUUCAAGCGAUGAAAAUUUUGGAUUUGCCAAAAAACCAAAUCACGUGUCUUCCAGCUGAAAUUGGUCGCUUGAAGAACUUGAAAGAACUCAAUGUGAGUUUCAACCAUUUGAAGAGUAUUCCCCCGGAGCUAGGAGACUGUGAGAAUCUGGAGAGACUGGACUGUUCUGGAAAUCUGGACCUGAUGGAGCUUCCAUUUGAAUUAAGUAAUUUGAAGCAAGUUACAUUUGUGGAUAUCUCCGCGAACAAGUUCUCCAGCGUUCCGAUCUGUGUCCUGCGGAUGUGUCGUCUGCAGUGGCUGGAUAUCAGCAGCAACAAUCUGAGUGACCUGCCACAAGAUAUAGACAGACUGGAAGAGCUACAAAGUUUCCUCUUGUAUAAAAACAAGCUGACCUACCUUCCUCAAGCCAUGCUCAACCUCAGAAAGCUCACCUUGCUGGUUGUCAGUGGGGAUCACCUGGUGGAGCUCCCUACGGCCCUCUGUGAUGCCUCCACGCCUUUGAAAUUUAUAAGUCUUAUGGACAACCCCAUUGAUAAGACCCGAUGUCAAGACACUGACGACACAGUAGAAAGUGAACAGGACCGCCAGCAUUUUGAUAAAGAAUUUAUGAAAGCAUAUAUUGAAGACCUUAAAGAAAGAGAAUCUGUUCCCAGUUACACCACCAAAGUGUCAUUUAGUCUUCAACUUUGAUUUGGUUCACCAGAAGACCACAAAAUCUGAUUGCCCUGUGUUCUAAAUCUUUCUAUAUGCCUCGCCUUUUAUUGGAAUUGCAGCUUGUGCUUAAGGACAAAGUCUAGAAACUACUGUCAUCACUGUUAAGAAAAAUAACAUUCAAAUUAUUGGUAAAUUUUCUUAUAUAUUAACAUUAGCAGACUAAUGCAUAUACUUAUCCUAAAUACUGCAUAUUUAAUAUUUUAGGAAACACAUUACUUAAAAAAAUUACGACAUACAGGACAAGUUUGAAAUUGGAUGCAUUACAUUCAGGAAUCAAGGGCUAGAGCACUGUGGAUGAACUAGAGAAUCUACCGCCUUGAAAAUGUUUCAGUAUACUGUUUAUUUUUAUUAUUGAGAACAAUGCUCCUUGAGUCUAAACAAGUUGCUACUUCCACGUUUCAAAUUCAUUUUGCCAAGUAUGUUUUAAGUUGUACUUUGACUCUCAGGAGAGCCUGAAGGUAUAACUUAGGUCUUGAGUGUGGAAAGAAAGGCUGAUAUAUGGAGAGUAUCCGGCCCUAGAUGCUCAGACAGCGAGAGGCUGGGAAGACCUGAAUACUGUGCUUGGUCUUGUCCUGAAUGCUCACCUGGUGGUCCUCAUAACAAAGAGGAAUGCCUUCAGGACUCAUUCCUGUAGAUGUUGGGCAGAGUGUGGAGACCACACUGACAGCUUCCACAGGGGAAUCACAGGAGGGCUCCGUCCACUGGAGUGCAGCUGUGGGCUGUCCGGAGCCCCUUGGAUGUUAAUUUGCAGUGGCAAAGGCAAGGCUCUCUUCGGGGUUCUAUGCUCUUGGAUCACGUUUACACCACUGGAAGAACUGUCUGUAUAAAGCGUCUAUUUUUAUACUGGUGUCUUAGGAUAAAACAAACAGGAAGUGGCUGGUUGUUCUGAAGAGAAGAGGGAAAUAUGUAUUACGUGUUUGUGUAUGAGUGGACUCCUUCCGGGUGUGGUCCAGUGCAGCCCGCGACAUGCUACAUCCUUCGCAGUGGGGAGAACAUUCUGUGUCAGUGUUGUUAGAUGCCAUAAUGUCCAGGGAUGGAGCACUUAGUGUCUGAAAAGCCUUGAAAACUGAAUUUUAAAUGCAAUUUACUUAAAUAGUCAUUUGUGGCUACCAUACUGCACAGCAAGGCCUAACCUGUUAGGUUGGGGUGGGAGGAGGACGUUGUCUGUGAUUAAAAAUAAGCAAACAAACAAACAAAUAAAUAAGGGGGUUAUUUGUACUUUUUUUUUUAACCUGAAGAACCGAUUUGCUCUCAGAAUGAUAUAAUUUAAAAAGGUUAUCACAUACACACAAUUAAAAAAAAAACAAAAACCCUAAAACAAAAGGGUUAGGAAGGCUGGGAGAUGGCACAGUGGUUAGAGGUGUUGCUACCCAAAUCUAAGAACCAGGUGGCCCGCUUGCAAUCGCUUGCAAUUCCUGUCUGGGCGCCGGGGUGCAGACUGGUUAGCUGGGCACGCCUACCGGAAGCUGUUAUUUUGAUACCGGAAACUGUUGUUUUGAAUAGGAGAUACUGCCUCAGUAAAUGAAGUGGAAGGAUGCUAGAGUAUGAUUCAAAUUCUGGCAUCUCCAUGGACACACACAUACAGGUGCACCCCACACACAUACAGAAACAUGCAACACACAGAAAAUGGAAAGAAAAAAGAUUGAUAUUGGUACUUCAGUAUUUUCGUCUUUUGCCUGUCGGUAGUUUGAACGGUCCAAGCGGUUUUAUCCUCGUCUCAGUAGAGCAUGACUUCAACGGAAAGCAAACGGUCCAGAGGCAGGCUAAAGACGAAACAUCUUCCCAACACUUAAAUUGAUGAUUAGUCUACUCGAGUGACUGUAGGAUUUUAUUUCAUACUCUAGUACCUGUUUUAUAUCAAGAUAUGAAAACUAAAUGUGAAAAGAUGGAAGUGUAGAAUUUCACACAAAUAGACUGUUCAUAAAUUAUGUAAACUUUAAUAAAACCAGCCUUUGCGUAAAA